UUAACCUUCACCACCCCUCACCACCAAAACCACCAUUAAUUACCAACAACCACAAUCUCUACCUGCCGCACAAACAAAGCAGCACCAGCAGCCCACACCUACAACCACCAAGACCCGCAACCCCGCCCUGCCUCACCUCAACAACAAUCGCCACCCACCAGCCCACACCGUUGCUGCUACGUCUCUUCCCACCGUAACUCCACCACCACUCUCAUAAACUCUAAUCGAACUCUUCAUCAACAAAAUCAACAACAAUUACGCCUUAAAUCUGUCACAUUUCACCAACUUCAUCCACUUCGAAAACACCUUCAACAAUUGCAAACUCAGAAUUUAAUUCUUUCUUUUUCAAUACAAAACAAAAUUAAUAAAACCCUUAAUUUCUCAAUCUUCUAAUUCUUCUUUCUUUCUACAUCAAUUUCUCACCUUUUUUCGGUUUAGGGAUUGUCGGUUUGGGGUUUUCUUGGAAAGCGGGAUGUAGUUGGAAAAUGCAGUGGAAAGGGAGGAGAUGGUCGAAAAUGGGAGGUGAAGGGGGAGGGGGAGUGGUGGCCGGAAAGGGAGGAGAGGUGGAAGAGGGGGUGGCUGGCAGUGGGGUGAGGGAGAGUGGUUUUUUUUUUUUUAUUUUUUUUAAUUAUAUUGUUAAUUUGAAAAAGAUAAUUAAAGGUUUUUAAUUAAAAAAAAUAAUUAAAAGAAAUUAAAAAACUGACCGGUUAUACAAGUCACUGGUCAUUUGGGUUUAUUUUGAGAGAAUAAAUGCAAACUUAGAUUAACUUUGAGAAGAUUUAAAAGUUGAUUCAUUUUUAAAAAAUGAGACAAAGGUUAAUUUUUUUUAAAGGAGACAAAGGUUAAUUUGUUGUUGUUAAUUUUUCCUUUUUUUAUUCAUAUUUAAUUUUUUAAAUAAGGGGAGGCAUACGAAACUCAUUUAAUAAAAAGGAGUGUGACUUGUCGAUGUUGGUCGUCAAGGAUCCACAUUACCUCACCACCCAUCUCAAACGGACCCACUCUUCUUAUACGUAGUAUUUAUGGAAAUCCACGCGUCAUCUAUUUCUUCCUUUUCAACCUCCUUCUUCUUCUUUCACCAUUUUCUCUCUCCUCUUGUCCUCAAACUUUUAUUUUCUCCCUAAAUUCGAAAAAACAAACUUAUUACUGCUUUUUUUUAAUCAAAUCAAAAUAAAAAUAAAUAAAAAUGAUUAGAAUAUUCAAAUAAUUUCUGCCAUAGUUGCUUGUUCUUCUCAACAUUCUUCAAUAAAAGUAUAAAACCCCACCUCAGUUUUCCAUUUUUUGUCGUUGCUGUAAAGUUCAACUCAACUUCCUCCCCACUAAACUCUCUUCUUCUUCCUCCUUUUUUUUUUUUUUGAAAAAAAAUAUUAACUAAAAAUAAAAUAUUGUUAACGUCUGGAAGGGGGACCCCGAGUUGACUCAGUAGUGUGAUGUUUGUUGGCUCAGACAUUAAAGGAAGUAUUAAUAAAUAGCAUCUUUGUUUAUUUUUGUAAUUAAAAUCCAAAAAUACAUUCCAAAUUUAUUGGUAUUGUUUUGGGGUUUUGGUAGUUUUUUAUUUUUUAUUUUUCAAAUGUGGGUCUUUUUUUGGUUGGUUGAAUAUUACUUGAUGUUUUGGUGUUAGAGAGAGGGAAAGAGAGUAAAUAAGGUUUGAUUUCUGGGUUUUUUGUGUUGAAGAAUGGCUGAGUUUCAACGUGAAGGCAGUGAUUGGUUCUGCAAUGCAGGUUUGCCAAGCGAUAUUACUGUUAUUGUGGAAGGAGUAAAUUUUCAUUUGCACAAGUUUCCUCUUGUAUCAAGAUGUGGGAAAUUGGAUAAAGAAUUUGAAGCAUCACAAGAUAUACACAAAGAAUCAUUCACUAAGUUACUGGAAGGAUUCCCGGGGGGCCCCGACACUUUUCUCAUAGCUGCUAAAUUUUGCUAUGGACUUCGUAUUGAUUUGACUCCGAGGAAUAUUAUGAUUAUCUAUUGUGUUGCGGACUAUCUAGAGAUGACAGAUCAAUAUGGCUCGGAUAACUUGUUGUCUAGGUGUGACAGCUUUUUCCAUAAGAACAUACUUCGUAAUUGGAAGGACUGUAUUGUCGCCCUUCAGAGUGCUGAACCUGUUAUACCACUGGCAGAGAAGCUUCAGCUAAUUGACAAAUGCUUGAAUGCUGUAUCCACAAUGGUUUGCACAGAUCCAAGUUUGUUUGGAUGGCCUAUGAUGAUGUAUGGUAGCCUACAAAGCCCGGGUGGGAGCAUACUGUGGAACGGAAUAAACACUGGAGCAAGAAUUAGAAGUGCAGAGUCUGAUUGGUGGUACGAAGAUAUAUCAUAUCUUUGCAUUGAUCUAUUUGAAAAACUUAUUAAGACAAUGCAAGCGAGAGGUAUAAGACCUGAAAAUAUCGCGGGUGCUAUAAUGUACUAUACUAGGAAAUUCCUACCCGGCCUCGGACGAUGGCAGGGUGGGCAUGGUGGUAAAUCUCGAACAGUUGCAAGUUUUAGCUUGACUCCUGUAACUGUUGAUCAGAAGGCUCUGUUGGAAACUAUUGCAAAGUUGCUCCCAGAAAAGAAGAGCAAAUCUUAUUGUCGCUUCUUACUGGGAAUGCUUCGUACCGCUUUGAUUUUGGAUGUUAGUGAAGAAUGCAAGGACUAUUUGGAGAAAAGAGUUGGAAUGCAACUUGAUCUAGCAACUUUAGAUGGUCUACUGAUUCCUACUUACUCAGACUCUGAUACCUUGUACGACACAGAUUGUGUUCAGAGGAUUAUCCAGCAUUUUGUGUCAACAGAGCCAAGAGUUCCAGCAUUUUCCCCUUGCUCACCAGAUAUUGAAGCAUCACCGUCAUCUGAAUCAUUAAGGAAAGUAGCGAAGUUGGUGGAUGGCUAUGUAGCAGAGGUUGCUUCUGAUGUGAACUUAAAACCAGACAAGAUACGUGCCCUUGUGGAGGCUCUUCCAGAAGAUGACAGACCUUUCCAUGAUGGCCUAUACAGAGCUCUUGACAUAUAUUUCAAGGAUCAUCCUUGGCUUUCUGACAAAGAGAAAGAACAACUUUGCAACAUGAUUGACUACCAAAGACUCUCCAUUGAUGCGUGCACUCAUGCAUCUCAAAAUGAAAGACUGCCCCUUAGGGUUGUUCUUCAGGUCCUUUUCUUUGAGCAGAUGCAUCUAAGAACUGCUAUUGCUGGUUGUCUCCAUGUUGACGACCCUGAAAAAGGCCCAACCAAUCUUGAUACCGCCCAAAAUGCAUUGGUGGGCCAGAUAAUCCAGAGAGAUGGAUGGGUUUCUGUUGUGCGCGAAAACCAUGGUCUUAAAGGAGACAUGGACAGGAUGAGAUGUAGGGUUCAGGAACUGGAAGAGGAAUUCAGUAAAAUAAAGCAGGAGAUGAGAAAAGUGAGUAAAUCACAAAGUUCACUUAGCUCUCCCCGCUUAGUUGCUUGGAGAAUUGGUUGCAAGUUACUCCCUCGAUCUUCUAAUGCUCAAAGAGAAGUAAUUGAAGUUGCUGAACCCAGUCCAAGGGCAUCAGUCGACCAACCUAAAUCUUCCCGGUCUUUGAGGCAUCGUAAAAGCCUCUCUUUGUUCCAGUGAAAAACUAGAAGAGGCAUUACUGGUUGACAAGUCAGAUGGAAAGAGUGUAUUAACAAGAACAUUUGAAAUUCUUUUGGAGGAAAUCUUGGUUUACGGUGAUUUGAUAUUGGUGAUAACUCAAGUAUGGGAAACAUAAGAAUUUUUGCCUACUUGAGUCAAACUACAGUUCUCAUGCAAAAGGAUGCGUUGUGGGAAUGCCAAAGCUUGUGCUUACUUCUAAAGAGGACUGGAUCAAAAAAGGAGGUUUUUUGUUUUGUGGCUGGCUUCUGGGUCUGGAUUUGAGCGGAAUUAUUGGCGUUGUAAGCCUUCAAUUCCACUUAAUUCCAUUUCCAGCAGGAAUGAAGUUACAUAUCAAAAAUGACACCUGUAGCUGUGAAUUUUAUAUGGUGUUGAAAUGUGACUUGGGAAGUUUUACUUAGGAGCUCAUGAACUACAGCAUUUUGAAAAACAAAUACACAUUUUUUCGUUGGUGUGAUUCGUGUGAAUAUAUGCUCUCAUGUACAGAACAAUAGCACUUAGGAAUUUUACUUGUUCAUGAGAUAAUAAGUUCUAUAGGAAAGCUCAUGUUCUUGCAUUUUGCAUAUCUUUCCUGAUGAACUAGGACUAUACCAGAGUUGGUAGUAAUUUUCAGUUGGAAUAAGUAACCAAGCAAUAUUACUGUGCGCAUUUUAUAUUCUAGAUUCGCUCGCUGUGGCUUAUUUGAAUGACUUGCAUAUUUGUGGGCUUGUGGCAUCUUCAAGAGUUAAAAAUAUUCGCCUUCUCUAACAUCUCAUAACCUUUUUUUUUUUUUUUUUUUUUUUUUUUUUUUUUUUUU